AUGUUUCUACCUAUUGUUGGAGCCGUAGCUUUGGCUAUUGAUGCAGCGUUCAGAGGAAACCGGCGAUCGCCAAGUCCUCAACAAAGUACUAUUACGACAUCUUUGCGUACUCAAAUAAAUGAGAUGCGUGAAGAAAUUGAGAAUAAACGUCGAGAUUUGGAAAAAUACGAGAAGAAAGCAAGAAGAAAAAACAUGAAAUCAUUUGAUGAUGUAGCAAAAUAUGAGAAACGACGACAGAAAGCUCUUUCUAAAUUGGCUCAUAAAACUAAAACAAUUAAAAGACAAGGCAAUAAUAUUGGAAUAUUUGGAUUAACAUCAACUGGUAAAUCAACUAUAGUAAAUAGUCUUCUUGGAAAAAAUGUCGCUGAAACAGGUGUCGGUGAAACAACAAAAGAAAUAACAUCAUAUCAUGGUACAGGAUAUACACUUUGGGAUACACCUGGUCGUAAUGAUGAAUUAACAUAUUCCAAUGAGAAAUAUAUUUCUUUUAUCAAAGGAUUGACACGACGUCUUAUUCUUAUUCAAUAUACAAUAAAAGAAAAUUUGAAUUUGAUUCGUUUAUUCGAUGAUCUUGAAUUAGGUUAUGAUAUUAUUGUGAAUAAAUUUGAUGAGAUUGAUGAAGAUGAACAAUCAAAAUUUCAAUGUCAGAUUCAACGUGAAAUUGAAUCAUUCGGACUGAAACGAAAGAAAAAUGUGUUUUUUAUAAGUGCUAAAUAUCCUCGAAUGUUUCCAAGUUGGCUAGAAAUGGUCGAUUAUUUAACUAAUGAAUGUGUUGAUUAUGAUAAUUCUAUUACUACAGAUACAGAUUCAGAUACAUCAUCGAGUUCGGAUUCAAACUCAGAUUCAUCAUCAGGUUUGAAUUCGGAUACUGAUGACGAUAGUUGA